GUUGAAUACCAAACUCCCCUCUAAUCCUACAAGCCACUCGUCUUCCUCGACCAGUCUCGUCAAGUCCUCUUUCCAUCAUUCGCUUCUACACCUUCCGCUCUGCCUUGUCCCCCAUUGGCCCAAGUUCGCCCUACUACUUCAGCGAUGGUCUCGACCCCGCACCCUCCAUUAUCUGUAUAAUCUUCGCCUGCUUCGAACUAGUCAACGUUCUUUCCAUAUCUCACGGAUGUUCCACCGUCGUCCAGAUCGUGAUGGGGACCGCGGAAGGCUUCUAUUUGGGGCACUGGGGUGAUGGUGGGUGUUUGGCGGUUAUGCGGGGUCAAGGGAAAAAAGGAAAUGGGCUGGGGUGGAGGGUAUGGUCGGUUUUGGUGAUGCAGUAUUUGUGCGAGAGUGCGGGGUUGUCGUGUUAUGACCCUCUUUCCUCACAUUCCCCCUUUCUGCGCACCAUCCCCCACCUCAUGCCCCCGUCCUCGGGCAGCCAUCUAACCUCGUGUCAUUCAAUCCUCUUCAUACCGGCAGCCAUAGUGCAACUCCUCUUCUCCACACAUGCCUCCCUCUCCAUUCCCUACUCGCAACACUGAACGCUCUCGCGCGAAUGCUGCAAUCAUUCCCUCAAGCGAUCGCUCCCGUCGUGGCUUCGUCUCAGCGUUCAUUAUGGUGCAAUCCAGGUAUCGCGAUGAUGGCGAUCGUGGUCGAUGCGGUGGUGGAGAUGGUGUUGAACGAGAAUAUGGAAGUGUGUUGGUGGGCGAGAUUGUGGGUCGUGUUGGGCGAUGGAGCACCAAGGAGUGCAGUGUUGGGCAGGUAGAUACCGAAGGAUGGACCGCCAUCUGUGUCGUUCGAGAAGGAUGAGGAGGAGGAGGAAUAAGAGUAAGUAUGUGGAAGAAAGCGGGCGGAGGACUGUUCAGGAAUCGCUCGACUAUGGACUGAGAUGGCCGUCCUCAGGCAUCGUUUCCCGGACUCUACGAUUCUCUGCUCAUGCGAUGUCACUCGAUCGCAUCCACCUUGAGGAUCUCUAAGGCCGAUAUAUAAUACCGUCACCUUCCUGAGAUAUUGCGCCCUCUGCGGUGUACUUACCUCGACCAAGCAAACUUCC